UGUCAAAUGAGUGCAAAAGUAAUUCAGGUACUUGAGCUGUUAACAAGCAACACACUUAAGCCAACUUGCUAGUUGUAAUAAUAUAAUGGUAGAAGAAAACACAGUUAGUUAGCGAAUGGUGCUACUUUGUCGCCGGUCAACUUCGUGUGGAAACAAGCCGUCGCCGCCUCACUAGCAAACACGGCUAAAAUGGUUCGUUAGCUUGAUGAACCAAAGCCAUGUCAAGUUAUAACCUUCCGCCGGUGAGGCAUUUGCCACAGUGGACCCGAGUUGGGCGCCUCGGGAAGCCUCGCUCUCCGCGGCUUUUACCGGCGAACCAGCUGCAGCCGCUGCCCGUUGUCCCGUCAGCGGACAGGGGAGCAGGGAGAGCAGCACAGGGGUCCUGUCCCAGCGACAUGGACCCCCGCGUCGCCUCAAUGCAGAAGAAUAUCCAGUUCCUUCAGCAGCAACACAAGGAAACUCUGGAGAAGCUCCACGCAGAGAUAGAGUAUCUCAGACGGGAGAAUAAAGAGUUGCAGUAUAAGCUGAUAAUGGAGCCUCCCAAGUCGAGUAGAAAAGGAAUGACACACAGUCGACGAGGCGUUAGACCACCUACUCAGGGAAGUGAAGCCCACACGGGACUCUACCUGGAGGAGCAGCUGCAGGACACGCGACCCUCACAGGACCAAGCACUAAGCAUCGGAGAGAGCGGCGAAACUCUCAGAUCUGCCAGGCAGGACCCCGGUCCAGAAGUGAAGGGGGGCCUCAUCACCUCGUUACAGCCUCUGCGAAUUCACAGCAGCCCCUCCCAUCCCCCGCGCGCUCCCACACUACAGGAGUGUGAGGUCAUCAUUCGGCAGCUCUACAAUGCUAACAGUUUACAGUCUCAGGAAAUUAUACGUGUGAAGGCUUUGCUGAGAGACAUUGUUUUGAGCAAGAAAAUUACCCCAGAGAACCACAUUCUGACCAAGGCCUACCUUGUUGAUGGUACCCGCAAAUCUUCAGAAGAAAAGAAAUUUCCAAAACUUGGUCUCCAAACAUUUCCGGAAAAAAUGUCUGGACCCUCUCAGUCUGGGGUGGUCCUCCCAGCCCUCAAACAGAGCCUCGGCUCCUCCAUUGCAGAUAGACAGAGGAGGACCCGCGCUGUGCAGAGAGACCGUUUCAAAAGAACGGUGCAGUGACAGGAUCAAAACUACCACAGCGUCAGCUACAUCCACCUCAGGACGGGGCUUUUCAUGGCUGACCUGUGUUUUUUUUUUUUUACUGCUAUAACUCACAAAGGACAGUUAAUAUUAAAAGAUUAAAAAAACAAAAAGGUCUAUUAGCUUUUAAAUUUGCACACAAAAAAGAUCUAGCUGUGUACUGGGAAUGGUAUUUAUUUAUUUAAUUGCUUACCAAACAGUACAUUUUAGGACAUUUUAACUAUUAAACUUUGACAUCUUUACCUUAACACUGGCUGCUUAUUUUAGCUUUAGUUUAGUUUUCACUGCACAUUUGUUGUAAUUCUGCCAAAAGGAUGGUGGAAUUGUCUGAUAUAACUAAUCACCUGUCACUUUAAAACAGUAAAGUAUUCCUAACUUUUAUUUGUGCAAGCAACCAAAGUUAAGCCUGUAAACGGACAUGCAAUUAAUAAUACAGAAGACACUAACAGGCUGAUUUCUCAGGCACGUUUUGUAUUGGUGUGUAUUUACAUAGUAUGGAGCAGUGUCAUGCUUUAACUGGCCAAGUGUUACCAGUCAUACACCUACAGUACAACUAAACUAAACUAAACUCUAUGAAAUGGUCACAACACAAAAUAGCCCUGUCCUCGUGCUUUCUCCAGACUGGUGUCCCUUUCUGUUCAGCAAUCAAAAGAAUAUGCACAAUUUACUAUUUAGUGUAUGUGAUGCUGUGUAUUUUAUACCAUAAUUAUGACACAGCAUAAGUAAGAGGGGGUUACCCUGCCUAGAAAAAGUGACCUGCUUGUUUCCAUGUGCAUACACUUAUUACAUUCAUCAGUUUUAUUGAAAUGAUGUUCUAUCGUGUCACUACGCAUGAGGGAAGUGAAAGCAUCUUUCAACAUUACAGACUUGCCAGACCAUGCAGCAUAGAGCUGUAAUUAAUACUGCAGAUCUUAAGAAAUUUGAGAUAUUCAUUGUUUUGUUUAUUUGAAGGAUGACAUUUGGUGCAAACCUUUCUGUUUGAUUAAGCCCAACUUUGACCCUGCUUAUAUGGAUCAGGAGACAUAUUUUUAGUGUCUCUGUCGCUGAAGAGGCCUUGUUGGAUUGUG